AUGUCCGACACCAAGGCUACAGACAGCUUCGACAACAGGCGCAGUACGGACCAUGAGAAGUCUUCAGGUCCGGAGCGCCGGCGCUCGUCCAUCGCGGAUUUGAACAGGAACAAGAACUUGGACGCAAAGAUCUCCAACCCUCUUGCUGAUAUUCCCCAAGAAGAGUUGUUGGCCAAUGUUGAAGAAUUUGCAAACCGUGCCGGCAUGACCUCCGAGGUCGAGCUGAUAAAGAAAGGUGCUUUGGUCGCCCAGAACCCAGGCCAAUUUGAGAGUCUCUCCUUCCUCACUGAGGAUGAGAAGGAUGCCCUCCGCAUAGAGGUUUCACGCAAAUGGAAACAUCCAAUGAAGCUAUACAUGACCGUCAUAGUCUGUUCCAUCGGUGCCGCAGUCCAAGGCUGGGAUCAGACCGGAACCAACGGUGCCAAUUUGUCGUUCCCGGAAGCCUUUGGUCUGGAUACACCAGAAGGACAGCCGGGCUACGAAAGAGAUUUCUGGAUCAUUGGACUUGUCAAUUCGGCGCCCUACAUCGGCAGCGCUUUCCUGGGCUGCUGGCUCUCUGAUCCCUGUAACUAUUACUUUGGUCGUCGAGGUACCAUCUUCACAUCGGCCAUCUUUCUGAUUGCAACGCCCAUUGGUGGAGCGUUCUGCCAGACGUGGGAACAGUUGCUUGCCACACGUGUCCUCAUGGGCAUCGGUAUGGGUUUGAAGGGCGCCACUACACCCGUGUUCGCUGCCGAGAACUCCCCUGCCGCAAUUCGAGGUGCCCUUGUUAUGACAUGGCAAUUUUGGACGGCUUUCGGGAUUUUCCUAGGGACUGCCUUCAACCUAGCUGUGUGGAAAGCUGGUGACAUUGGCUGGCGUCUUCAGCUCGGUUCCGCCUUUAUACCUGCCAUUCCCCUGGCUAUUUUGGUCUUUCUCUGCCCUGAGAGCCCGAGAUGGUAUAUCAAGCACGACAAAAUAGCCAAAGCAUAUCAAUCUCUCCUCAAACUCAGAAACCAUCCUCUCCUCGCCGCUAGGGACUUGUACUAUAUCAGUACUCAGAUCGAUAUCGAACACGACAUCGUGGGCGAUUCUACCUAUAUCUCACGAUUUAUGCAGCUGUUUACCAUGCCUCGCGUCCGUCGCGCCACUCUGGCUUCCUUCACAGUCAUGAUCGCACAACAGAUGUGUGGCAUCAACAUCAUGGCCUUUUACUCGUCGACCAUCUUUCGGGAGGGUGGAGCGUCCGACUUCGAGGCGCUACUGGGUUCCUUUGGCUUCGGCGCCGUCAAUUUCCUCUUUGCCAUUCCCGCUUUCCUCACGAUUGACACGUUCGGUCGACGUGCCUUGUUGCUGUUCACGUUCCCGAACAUGGCCUGGACACUCCUCGCCGGGGGGUUUGCAUUCUACAUUCCCAAAUCGAGCAGUGCCCACUUGGGUGUCAUUGCACUGUUUGUGUACCUUUUCGCCGCCUUCUACUCGCCGGGUGAAGGUCCUGUACCAUUCACGUACUCGGCCGAGGUCUUCCCGCUGUCUCACCGCGAGGUUGGCAUGGGCUGGGCGGUUGCGACGUGCCUCUUCUGGGCCGCAGUACUGGGCUUGACCUUUCCCAAGAUUCUCGCAGCAUUCACUCCGACAGGUGCCUUUGGCUUCUUUGCCGGCCUGAACAUCUUGGCCCUGAUCAUGAUCUUCUUCUGGGUUCCUGAAACCAAGCAACGUACACUCGAAGAACUAGACUACAUCUUCGCAGUCCCGACCCGCAGGUUCAUGUCAUACCAGACCGGUACCUGGCUUCCGUGGUUCAUCAAGCGCUACAUCUUCUGGCAGAAGUCGGCCGAGCUGAAGCCGCUGUACACCCUCGACCGCGGCAUUGUCAGGGAUAUUAGCGAGCAGCGACGCGAGAUGCAUGAACACGAGGAGGCGGAGAGACGCGCGAGUGUCACGCGAGAAGAGAUCAAGACGGUGUGA